UAGACGAUUCCAUUAGUCCUAAAGAGAAAUCUACCUUCCCGGGGCAGCGAGCAAUGCAAAACGAACUCGCUCACUACAUUUACAGUGGCUGAUGUCAAGUGACCGACUUCCGCCCGUUGGCUUCAGUUCAGCGUUAGCCGGCAAGCAGUUGAGAUACGAAGCCAGGGGAGGUAUACAGACAGAUGUUGUCAAACGAAGAAAUGGAAACCUGACAUUAACUUUUAAUAGGAAAAGAGAGUAAACGUCGUCGUGGGCGUCUGUCGUAUGUGGACGCGGAGGUGAAACUGGAGGGAAUAGGGUGCCAGGGAGAAGCUGAUGAAUACCUUUUAUUUUCCAACUUUCAUUUGAGGAGGCGGACCUCUGACUGCGUGUUCAAUAUGCUGAAAGCAAGCCCGAUGUGUGCAUACUGUAUGUGGAAGUACAGAUAGGCUACUAUUUUGUCUUUAUUAAAUCAUGAGGAUCGGAUACAUUACACUUUAAACCGCGUUGGACACGCAGCUCAUUCUUUCGUGGCAGCGAGCUAUAGCCUAUUUAUUUGUUCGUGUGUGUUUUUUUUCAGACAGAAGAACCAUACUUCUAUCCAAGCUUUUUUUUUUUCUUUUGGAAGUUGACUUUAACAAAGUAGGCUAUACUACCGGUUUGUCUCGUAGAGCUAGCUUUAAAUCGUUCUAUAAAAUCUGGUAUCAAGUAACGCAUGAGGGGAAUCGCUUGAGGUCUAGCCUACUUUAUACAACGCACUGGAGUAGGCCUAUCAUUUUUUGGAUGGAGUUUUGAAGUAUUAUGGCCUAAUUUGACGUUGCGAACACUUGAAUUAGAUAAUUAUUUCUUGUAGACAGGCCUAGCCUAUUCAUUGUCAUUAUGUAUAGCCUAUAGAUACAAAUAUUGGAGCAUUUCUAAACACCAACAGCUCCUAGUCUAUUUCGCUGUUAUCUACUCAUUUGUGGUAUUUAUCUAAACACAGCGGGUUUUUAAAGUUGAUGCAUUUUAUGUAACUGUUGUCUGGCGUUUCAUUCUUGUGACUCGACAUAUUCGAAUAUUUAUACCCCAAACGCAAUUCUCCACGUAGUCUUGGCACCCGGCAGAAUCCUUGGAGAAAGCGAUCCAUUUCGGGAGAGCCAUUAUUUUUGUAUUUAUUCUCUCUUCACACGGAAAAGAAUUAGUGGCUCCCCCCACGAUGAGUUACUUCUACCAAGCAGUGCUUCUAUUGCUACGUGGACUCGUAAUCUCUGCGGUACUGGGAUUGGAAAGCAGCUACUCAACAGAUCUGUCGACCCGUUCUGUUAAUGCCGCAAUUGUAGCCACUACAGACCCUUGUCUGACGGUGAUGCCGCCAUGCAUGGGCGACGCAGACCGCUUCAGCCUGGAGGCCCUCCGGGUCAUUCACAAACAGCUGGACGACGACAAUGGGGGAAUUGAGGUCAACGAGAGUGUAGAGUUUAUUAGAGAAGAUAUGAAGCAACAACAAACGAACAAACACAGUAACCUGCACAGAGAAGACCAACACAUCACUGUGGAGGAGCUGUGGAAGGGAUGGAAAACCUCAGAAGUUCAUAACUGGACGACGGAGGACACAGUCCAGUGGCUGAAGGAGUCGGUGGAGCUGCCUCAGUACGAGAGGAGCUUCAGAGACUUCCGGAUCAAUGGAAACACUCUGCCUCGAUUAGCGGCGAACGAACCGUCGUUUAUGUCGGGUCAGCUAAAGAUAUUAGACCAGCGGCACAAACAGAAACUAAAUCUAAAAGCUCUAGAUGCUGUGCUCUUCGGCCCUCCCUUACGUCCACAACACAACUGGUUGAAGGACUUUGUGUUGAUGGUAUCUAUAGUGAUCGGGGUGGGGGGCUGCUGGUUCGCAUACAUCCAGAACAAGUCUUCCAGGGUGCACAUGGGCCAGAUGAUGAAGGACUUGGAGAGCCUGCAGAGUGCUGAGCAGAGCCUCAUGGACCUACAGGGACGGUUGGAGAAGGCCCAGGAGGAGAACCGCACGGUGGCGGUGGAGAAGCAGAACCUGGAGCAGAAGAUGAGGGAUGAGAUCAGCGGGGCCAAGAAGGAGUCGUACCGGCUCCGCGAGCUCCGCCAGGGGGCUGAGUGUGAGCUCAGCCGCCUCAAAUACGCAGAGGAGGAGCUGGUGCAGGUGCGUAUGGCCCUGAAGCGGGCGGAGAAGGAGAUGCAGACAGAGUGGUCGGUACCAGACGCCCUACAGAUGUGGCUACAACUGACCCACGAGAUAGAAGUCCAGUACUACAACAUCAAGAAACACAGUGCAGAGCUACAGCUCACCGUCGCUAAGGAAGAGGCAGAGAAAAUCAAGAAGAAGAGGAGUAGUGUGUUUGGGACCCUUCACGUUGCUCACAGCUCAUCACUGGACGAGGUGGACCACAAGAUCCUAGAGGCCAAGAAGUCCCUGUCGGAGGUGACGGCCUGCCUGAGGGAGCGCCUCCACCGCUGGCAGCAGAUGGAGAAGCUGUGUGGCUUCCCCCUGGUGCACAACGCUGGGCUUCCCAGCCUGACCGCCACCCUGUACUCCGACCACAGCUGGGUGGUCAUGCCCCGCGUCUCCGUGCCCCCGUACCCCAUCGCCGGCGGGGUGGACGACCUCGAUGAGGACACCCCUCCAAUCAUUCCACAGUUCACCUCAGCCUCUAUGAUGCGGCCCCCUUUGACACGCAAUAGCAGCAUGUGCCGUUCCCGCCGGAGCCUUUACAGCACACAGCAGCCUUCAAUGAUGUCUGCCGACCCCGACCUGCUCUCCAUGGCCAGCUCUCCCCUCUCCUACCAUCCCGAGGGGGAAGAGGAAUACAUCUUCUACAUCGAGCGGAAGGGAGACAGGGAUACUCAGGACACGUGUUCAGACACAGACUCUCUCAACUCCUCCAUGGGGCGUAAACAGUCCUACACCAACCCCUGCACGCCGGGCCCAGAGACCCCCUAUCGCAAGAUCUCCCGUGAGGAGCUAAUGAUGCUGAGCCAGCAGGAGCCUCAGUCAUAUUUCAGGGACUCACCCCCUCCUCAAGGGGGAUCUGCGGCCCCCUCCUCGGCCAACCCCUCCCCAGCCCUGGAGCACCACAGACACAAACACAAGGGCUCGCCCGACCUCACCCGUGGAUCUAUCCCAGAGUCCCACAGCAUGUCCUUCGCCAUUUCGUCGGCGGGCAACAAGGCCGUGUACAACGGCAUCCUGGAGAAGUCCUAUAGCAUGGGCCAGCUGCCCGCAAGCAUGACGGGGGCAGGGGGGGUGGCGGUUGGGCGCUACCCGUCCCUCACCUCACUGGACAAUGAGGGCAAGGGGGCGGGGGGCAAGGAGCAGAAGCAACCGAGUACCACCUCCCAGGACUCCUGUGGCAAUGGAGACAAGGCCAAGAGGUCCUCGUCCAAGAUCAAGAGCUUGUUCAAGAAGAAAAAAUAGAGAGAGAGCGAGAGAGCGAGCGAGAGAGAGAGAGAGAGAGAGAAAGAGAGAGAGCGAGAGAGAGAGAGAGCGCGAGAGAGCGAUUUAGCCUUAAUCAACGGAAGCCAAACCAUUAUUUUUGUUCCUGUUUCUAUAGUUUUCUUCCCAGAUGGAAUGGAUAUAUUCCUGGGUGUCUCAGACCUCUUCCAGAUCGGUAGCCAUAUAUAUAUUUUUUGUCACUCAUAGGUUGCGUUCCUCUGCCCAGGCGUUGCUGAUGCCAGAUCUUACAACGCCUGCAUAGGUAUUUUACGUAUCAGCUAACCACAUCAUAUGUUAUAGCAGUCUGUCAGUUGAUGACACAGUCGAUGAUGUGGCGCGCAACCAUUGGUUGAUGCAUGCAACGUAUGGGUAGGGGAACGCGACCAUAGCCUCACAGUUAAGCCUUCAAAGGUCACAGAAAGGUCAAGGUUCAUGUCAGCUGCCGUCGCCCAGGCAAUCGUGAAGAGCAUUGGCCUGGUCACUUCUCUUGUCGUCUCUUGUUGUUAAAGAACCAAAAAAGAAACUCCACUUGUGUUCUAUCUGGGGACUGAUGGGGUUUACAUUGUGGGCUUGUUAGCUUGACAUCACUUCCUGUGUCUAACAGAGGCUCCUGAGCUCUGGACUCGUUUCCUUUGAGAAAUAAAAAUCCUGCUGAGUU